GUAUCUCCAAAUCGGCAAGUUCCGCAUCGGAUACAAUGGCGAUUGUUUGGUGAUUCUCAACGCCGACGGCACCCACCCGAACAGGAUCAUUGAAAAGUUGAGCAGCGAUGGUACUCUCAAAAGGUUCUUCGACGACGAAGAUCUUCGCGAAGCAUUUGUCGAUCGUCCUCCACAUAAGUGGCCGUGCCCCCAGAUUGGUGAUAUCGCCUUCGGCACCUGCGAUCGGAGCUUUGGAGCCUGGGGCGAUCGCUUCGUCCAGCUGGGUGAUUGGCGCCUGGCGGCCAUUGAUGCUAACCACUUCAGCAUCUCCCACCGUGAUGGCUGGACGGCCCAGAUCUUCCGGUCCGACGGGACUUUGCACCCAGGACCCAGAACGGACUUCAGUUCGUGGGACAGGCCCGUCGGCUUCCCUCACGGCAUUACCUUCGGGAAGAACUUUGUGCAGAUUGGCAGCUUUCGCCUGGCAGCGAUGGACGACAACCACCUGACCGUCUCCCACAGCUCUGGGAAUACUGCGCAGAUCUUCAGGAGCGACGCCACCGUCCAUCCCGGGCCGAGGACGGACUGGAACGCUUGGAAGGACAGGGAACAAGACGUUGCUGGGCUUGCAGCUGGAGUUCGAUAUGGGAAGCACUUCCUCCAGAUCGGCAACUUCAGACUGGGAGACGCGGGCUCGGUUCACUUGUUGGUCACCCACAGCACCGACACUUCGCCUUCCACGAGCCGGACAAUUCGAAUCUACAGGUUUGGAGAAACUCCCGGCUGGGGGCCUCAAGUGACCGACCGACCGACGCAAUCGCAUUGCGGCGCCAUCCAGAGCACCACCGGCACCUGUCCUGGGAUCACUGCAGGUGGGGUCCCAAGGUCAGGAGGGACCGGCUUUAGCACUUGGGGCCUUGAGGCUCGCGCGGCCUCCAAUGUAAGAUUUGGCGAUCGCUUUAUCGAGCUACAUGGCUUUCGCAUUGGCGAGGCCGACGUUUCUUGGAGUUCUUUUGGGGUCCUCACCAUAUCGCACCAGCACUUCCAUGGAGGACAGUUCUCAAUCUUGGCAUUUGCCCCUUCGGACUCUGGUGACGGUGAUGGUGAGACGCUACACAUGACUUCGGGCGGCUUGUUCAAUCGUGCCUACGGCCCGCCCAAGGGCAUCUCCUUUGGUGACCGCUUCGUGCAGAUUGGCAAUUUCCGACUCGGAGAUGUCGAUGGAAAGCAGUUCUCCAUUGCGCAUGUGGGCUUCAGAGCUGGCAACGACAGGAGUGACAAGACCAUCGUCGUUUACAAAGACGAUGGGAGCGUGACGAAAAAGUCCCCACCAGCAGGCGGCAACGCUGACACCACGGUGGGCCGCCCAUUCACGCCCUGCAAGGUCACUGAGAUCCCCUGA